GCCAGCUGCAAGAGAAACGCAUAUGCAUUUCAGUCACCGUACUGAAAAUUAAAAAGAAAAGCUAAAAUGCAUAAGCGAUCGAUAAAUCAAUGAAGUAAUUUCUUUCGCUGCCGCAAUUAGCCCAGUCGGAGAAAAGCAGUAAAAAAAAAGUUGCACACCCCCUCUAGCGAGGUGGCAGGCUAUAUAGGAUAUAGCUUCUAUCCCCGAGUGCGCGCACGAUCAAGAUUGAUACCUACCCCCUACUCCUUACCUCCCCCCCUUUAUCUCGAACUGCACCUGCAGUAACAGCAGCAGCAGAAGCAGCUAUUGCGCGAUCUCGUCAUCAUCAUCAUCAUCAUCAUCAUCAUAAUAUCUCUCGUCCGCGUAUAUAUAACGCGUCAAUGUGUGCGCGCGAGAGUCGCUCGGACGCCGCUCGGCUGUACCGUAAGAAGAUAAUCUGAGUGCACUGUGUUACAGCUGCGAGUGUGUGUAUACGAGCGACAUAAUAGGAAAAAUCUCUUCUCGCGCGCGGGGGCUGCUGCAUGUCGCGAGUCGAGCCCGUGAAAACACGCGAAAAUGGCGGAACAAGGUGAAAGAAAUCAACUGCCGCCCGGCUGGGAGUGUAGAUACGACGGCAGAAGCGGACGAGCGUACUUUAUAAAUCACUUCAAUCGCUCCACGACAUGGGAAGAUCCCAGGGUUCGAUAUUGGCAGUACGCACAGUACAUACAGUCGCAGAAUUCAACUACUCCGAGCUCUGGGACAACUGAUCAUCCCAGCGAAUCCAUUCCUUUACAGAUGAGUGGAAAUACAUCAGCAGGGCAUAUAGUUUAUUCCGGAGCUCACAGAGCUCCACAAGUCUAUCCAACUCCUUCGCCUUAUCGUAAUCCACAGCCUGCAUUUUUACCUCCAAGUUUGCAGGACUUGAAGACUCCACUAUCCACUACCCGAUCUGUGAGCAACAUGACAAAUAGAUUUGGCGAUAUGACAAUCGGGUCUCCCACCCCAAUGAGGAACUUAGAGUCUAGUUUCAUUCAAAAUAAUGACGUGGAAUUGCAAGUUGCCACAAUCAAUGCCAUGUUCCCUACAGUAUCUGAUACUCAUAUUCGACUACUACUGAAGAAAUACCAUAACAGGCCAGCUUUGGUUGUGAGCGCUCUACAAGUUGAGAAGAAUCCACUAUGUCAGCCAGGACCUUGUACGCCGAUUGGCGUGCACUCCAACUACGCAAUACCGAGAUGGCGACUUCCAGCACACGCUAUUCACGCAGCUCUUACACUGAGUCCACCCCGAGGCGUACGGCCGGCCCCACAUUCCCCAAAAAUGAAACUUAGGUACCUGAAAAAUGUAUUUCCUAAGGUUGACGAAUACACACUACUAGAUACUCUAGAACAAUGUGACAACAAUGUUCAAAAAGCAACAGAUAAAUUGCUGGAGCUGGGCUAUGAAAAGCGUAGUCCUACUGCACCAUCAAGAGCAUCUAUUAAGAAAAAAGAAGAAGAGGAAAAAAUGCAUAUUCCUCCACCAGCUCCUACACCACCACCCCGUAUGAAAAGUUUAGAAGAAAAAAAUAAAAUGAAACUGCGUUUAAUGGAAAAAUUCAAAGAAGUGCCAGAGAAAGUCAUUUUAUUGGCUAUGGAUAGUGUAGAUUAUGAUGAAGAACGAGCAGCACAUAUUUUAGAUAUAAUGAUUGCAGAAGAAGCCAUUAAACCGUUAAAUACGUCCAGUAGUCAAAGUAGUAACAGAAGUGAUGACAGGAAAGACAGCCCUCCAAUAACAGAACCACUUAAAUUCAGUGCUUCUCCAAUUAAGAGAUUAACAAAGGAAUCUGAUGAAAAGUCUAAACGACCCAAGAAUAAAAGCGAAGUACCAAAAGUUUCACGUGGAACCAGUACUACAGAAGAUGAUGAUUAUAAAUCGAUUUACUUAACAAGGCCAAUGGGUCCAAAUACAGACUUACCUAAAGGAGCUAACAAUGAUCUACUCUUGCCUGAUUAUGCUCCUUGGUCUGGACCAGAUCCAACUUUGUUAACGAAAAAUACACAAAGUAAAACAUUAACUUUAGGACGAAAUCCUAACUUAGUUAGUGGUAGUUGUAAUCUUGCAAAGGGUCCGAAUUCAGAACUUUGCAAAGGUCCCUUAAGAGGAUUGGCACAGGGUUCCAUUUAUUCCCAAAGGAAUGCUACCAACACGGAAAGUCGCGGAAAAUGAAACAUGUGUAGUUGUUUCUUCUAAGUAGUUUACAAUUAUACCAUUAUUUUUGAUUUUGCAAGUUGAAUGAUUUAUUAUUCUAUCUGAUUUUUCGUUAAAGUUCAUAAUCAGCAUUGUUAUUUAGUUCACAAUUCGUUGAAUUUUUUUAUUGUUUCAAAUUAUUAUUCCAAUUGAACUAAUAGCUGUAUCAAAGAGAUUUGCGGAACAGUAUUAUUGUAUGUUGUGAUUUUGAAAUUAAAAAUUUCGUAGGUAUUCUUAAAUAUAACAGGGAAGAGUGAAUUUUACCUCCUACAUGAUCUGGACAGGCAAUCAGUACUUGUACUAUUCAUUCUUUAUUAGAAUGAUAGUUUUUGUACAAGGUGUCAGGGUAUUCAGCAAGAAAAUUCUUUUAUUCCUUCCUUGUUAACUCGUAAGAAUUUCGUUAAACUUGAAAUUAUUGUGUUUGAGAAAUUUUUGUUCUACAAUUCUUAAAAAAAUAAGAGUGAUUAUUACAAAUUAUUAUUAUUAUUACUAUUUAUUCUUAACGUUAUUAUAGUUUGUUAAUUUGUUAUAUUAUUUAAUUGUAUCUAUGUGAAGAAUUUUCUUGCAUGAUUGGAAACAUUGCAACAGAAGAUUUUAUCUUUGCUGCCAGAUGUUAUAAAUGUAGUCUUAGUUCUUUAAUAGUAGGCAAAAAUGUAACUAAAAAGUUAUGGGCAAUAGAUAGAUAUAGUAAUUUUUGCCAACUAAUAAAAGAUCUACAUAGCUUAUCUGUUUUUCAAUGUAAAAAAAGCACUUCUUACUUCUCGCAACUCGAUGCUAACUCGCAAAUCAUAUUUCCUUUCUAUUUUAAUGAUUACUAAUAAUGAUAACUCUGAUGAUAGAUUAUAGUUUUAGACGUAAAAAUGAAGUAAUCUCAAUCAGUAUUAAGCGAGCGUGUAUAAAUGCUAAUCACUAGCAGCGGCCAUUGAACGCUUAUUUAACAUCAUACACACAGAAAAUGCGAGUUUAGAUGUAUACAGAACGAAAUUAGCUGCGCGCAUUACAAGGAAAUAGUUACUUUGAUAUAAUAUCUAACAAGCUAAAUAUAACACAAUGCUAUAAACACGCUAAUGGUGUUAGGCAUAUUAGGAAAAAAUUGCAAAAUUCUUCGAUGAACUCGAUAGUGUUCUUUCGCUCCUUCAUAAUGAAGGUGUACACUCUUUCUGAAACGUCCACAUUUUAUAUAUUUUAAAUUUUUUUCAUCUGUAAUUAUAAAAUAAUCAAAAUACGAAAUGAAACAUGCGAGUUUAUUGAAGAAAUCGAAUUAUGCACAUAUAAGUAGAGCUUUAUUUGAUAAAAAAAUAAAUAAAACUUUUUCUUUUAAAAAUGUUUAGUCGACGUUUCAUAAUUUUAUCCAAAAACUAUUGUCAAAUUAACAAGGUAUGAUUUUAAAUUGUAUGUAUAUAAUCCAGCUUUUUUGUAUAUUUAUAUCUGGAUAUUAAAGCACCUUUACUUUAACAAAUUAAUCUAGAGACAGGUCUCUAGAAAUUCUCUUUGAGGGAUAUAAAGUAAGUAAAGCUAAACUUACAUGUGCUGUUUGUACAUCGAGUACAGGCGUAUUUUCGUAUAGCUUCAUCCAAAAUAAUCCUGCCUUUAAAGUAAAGCUAAAAUAUGUGAAUACAGAAUUAAUAACAGAUAGGCUGUGGUUGUCAAGAUAGUUGAGAGCUAUUUUUAUAGCUUUUUAACUUUCAAAGUAACUAAGGCGAAUGAAAAAAUAUAUUUUGACUACAUUUUAAAAUAAAAACUUGGAAAUGUAAUGGGUCUUAAGUAUCCACUAAAAAUUGUCAGAUGUGUAAAUUGUAUUGCAGUAAAAUUGUAAGUAACAAAUGAUAGCAUCUAAAUUAAUGCUAAUUUGUAAUGAGUAUUUACUUAUACAUACACUUUUAAUCUUUUUAGUAUUUAACAAGUAAGAUCAUUAGCCAAAUAAUUGUUUUUAUCUACUUGGAAACAUUAUGUUUUAACAUGUGUAAGUGAUUAUAGUGGUUAAUUAUAUGUAUUACUUUAAAAAGGAGUUUAUUUAGGGUAUGAAAUUGUUUUUAAUUUGCUUUGAAAAUUCAAUUCAAAGCAGGUUUUCCAUUUUCUACUGGUUUUGUCGAUGUAGUUUAAUGAGAAUAAUGUUAGUUGAAUCAGUUAAUAAGUUUGACUGACUUCGUUUUCAUAUCAUGUUUAUUGGAACCUUUUGUCCAACUGAGUAAUUUCAAUGUGUUUUUCUAUAUUUAUAAUUAUUAAUAAUAUGUAAUUGACGUUUGCACUGUUUCAAACAGAUGGGUGAGGAUUUUGACUGUUAUGCCCAGUUGUAUGGUAAUGAAGCUAUAACAGAUAGCUUCAAAUACUUAGCCAAACUCGACUUAAUUAAUUAGCCAGUGCAAUGUACAUUCCAUAAUUAUAAAAAGUAUUUUUAAUUAUAUUUAUGAGACAGUAAGAAUACAAAAAAAAUUAUAUUUAGAUAUUCACUACUUUAGGUGGAUUUUAAUAAUAGCUAAUGAUAACAGCGCCUUGAAUUUGUAGAAAUGACACCCGAAAAUAAAAAAUUUCAAAUAAACUGUAUCAUCUAAACAAUUAUGUACAUCGUCCUGGAAAAGAAAAUGUCAAUCGUUCUACAUUUGGUAGCAAUAAAUAUAAUAUUAAAGAUUUAAAAAUUAUCCAACAAAGUAUCUGUUAUAAAACUGUAUCUAUACAUAUCUGUGCAAUAAAUUUACCCUCCAAAAGAAAAAA